AAAAAAAAAAAAGAAAAGAAGGAAAACAGUAGACAAAUAUGAGAAAAAAUAUAUAAAGCAGAAGGACACAAGGCAAAUUGUGGAGAAGGGAUGGGAAGGCUAGUUAGGCAGCAAUAAGCCCAAGAGUAUGGGUGCCAAUAGUCAUGGAAGAGGCCACCAAGUAACCUUUUUUAAAUUUUUAUUGAUUUCAGAGAGGAAGAGAGAGAGAGAAACAUCAGUGAUGAGAGAAGGAUGGAGCAGCUGCCUCCUACAGGCCCCACACGGGAUUGAGCCCGCAACCCAGGCAUGUGCCCUGACCAGUAAUUGAACCGUGACCUCUUGGUUCAUAGGUCAGCACUCAACCACUGAGCCAUGCUGGCCAGGCUCAAAUAACCUUUUGUUUCUCAGAGCACCUUGGGUGGACAUAGCAAAGCAGUCCGUGGUCUGGCUCAUGAUCACUGUCUAAUAACUGAGAUUUUCUCUAGGAUUUCAAAAACUUUUAACCUAUUUUCAAUGCCUUUUAAAAAAAAUUUUUAUUUUUCCCAUUACCAUUUAUCCCCUCUAUGCCCUCUUUAACAGCAGAUCAUUUAGUGUUUUAUGAACCCAGCUGUUACAUUGUCUUCCAUUGCAGACCCGGAGUUCAAGUGUUAACAGAAUUUGUUUUACAGUUUCUCAUGGGCCUGUUUUAUAUGAGUGCAUCCAGCAGAUGGCAUUAGAAUUCUUAGACUUCAGAUCCACACUUUGUCCAAUAGAAAUACCAUGUAAGUCUUCUGUGUUAUUUCCUAUUUUCUAGGAGCCACAUUAAAAAAAUGAAAUUAAUAUUGUUAUAUACUUUUAUUUCAGCAUUUAAUCAAUGUAUACAAAUAUUAAUGAGACAUUCUACAUUUCUUUUCAUACAAGUUUUCAGAAUCCACUGUGUAUCUACUGUAAAAAUUUUCAUCAGGAAGACUUGACCUAUAUUUAGAUUUCAUAAAAUAUACCAUUGAAAGGGUAGAUUCACAUAUCCUAAAUUUUCCAAACAUGCUUAACCUUGUUUAAAGUUUUCCAAUAACUGAGUCAAGUGUGAAGUUUUAAAUUUAAUAAAGUGAAAAUUUAGUUUCUUAGUCAUUCUAACCACAUUUCAGGUGCUCAAAAAGACAUAUGGUAUAAUGCUACUAUACUGCACAGCGUAACUAAAUGAUCUGUUUUUAUAUGCUCUAGGGUCUGACUACACAUGAUCCUCCCAUUAGUAACUAAAGGAUUAACAAACAAUUUCUUCCAGAUGUACAUGAAGCAUUUAAUAUAUUUUUAUGGCUGUGCUUAUCUUGGGAGCAAGUAGUGGUAAAAUCUCUUCUCAGAAAACAUGACCACACCUUGUUCGUGUCUUUGUAGAGCUAAGUGAAAUGUUUUAGAUCAGAAAGUGCUUUGAAUUAUUUGUUUUCUCUUUAAUCUUUUCUUCAGGCCUUUGUGUGUUUUGAUACAGUUCAUUUGAAUUGGCUAAAUAAAUCAUUUUGUUUGCUUGCAAAAUUCCCAAAGGAGAAACUUUAAAUCCAUAUACAUGAGAUUCCUGCUAUGUGUAGCCAUACAUUUGCCCAAACCUUGUGUAUAAUUUAUUUCUUCUUAAAGCCAUAGUGCAGCCCAUGGGGUGGUUUUCAGCUAACCUUGUGACAUAAAUAUGAGGCAAUAGAACUUAGAAUUUGGAACAGGGUAAGUACUGGUUUUUGCAGUUAAUACAACAUAGAGUAAGCCACUCCAUAUAGGUUUAGUGUUUUUUUUCAGUCAGUAAAUUGAAUUAAGUUAGUUAUACAUCAGGCAGUUCCUGCACAAAAAAAAAACAAAAAAAUAAACGGCUAAGGUAAGGGAUGAUCAUUGAAAAGAAUUUAUUGACCUGCUGAGAACUGUGAGCAAAAAUGGAACUCCUCUGGCCUUCCCACCUACCCUCGCCAGCUGUCUUGGUGAGGCAUUUUGUUAGUAUAGGUUUUUAUUAAUAGACCACAAGCAGAUCUUCCAGUCUCGGGUCUCUAACUACAAAAGGACCCAGACUCUAUGACCUGUAAAGGCCAUUUCAGCACUUCCAUUCUGUCUGUCUCCAAGCCUUCACCUUAGGUAAGAACUUUAGCUUUCACUCACCUCUCAGGGUGCUCUGACUCUUUACAGCUGAAGGCCCCUCUUGUCGAGAUUAACAGUAUUACUUAGCAGUAUGCAUGCUCUAGCAACAUGAAUGACAUCAAGAGUAACCGAGAACUGUACCUGCAAUACACAUCCACGGCACCUAAGCUGCUGGCCAACAUCUCCAAAUUACUCCUCAUGUGCCGGAACACAGGCAUUGCUAUACCUAAGGGCAUCAGAAACAUCUUUGAGUUUACUUGGGAGGAGCUCAUCACUGACCCUAUGGUGCCUACCCCAUCUGACAUUCUGGGCCUAGAGAUCAGCUUUGGGACCCCACCUGUGGUGCCUAUAGAAUCAGCCCCUGUGCAGAUCCAUGUCCAGAAGAAGCCGCCACCACCACCACCACCAGUACCACCACCACUGAUGCUACCCACUGGGCCGGGCAAGUUCACCACCCAUGGCCAUCGGGUGAACUCUGGCCAGGAGACCCUGUACAAGUUCCAGCGGCAGUCCAUCCACCUGCUGACUGAGCUGCUCACCCUGAAGAUGAAGGCCAUGCUGGAGUCUGUGUCUGGUGCCAACCCCUUGGACAUCACAAGGCGCUUUGUGGAGGCCAGCCAGCUCCUCCACCUCAAUGCCAAGGAGAUGGCUUUUGACUCCCUGGUUGGCACAUUUGGGAGAAGUAGCUUUGGUGCUGGACUGAUGGGAAAAGAGCCCUUCAUGAGCACCUCAAUCAUGGGAGUGAACUCACCUUACCAGCUUAUCUAUGAAGCCUCUACUGGCUGUCUGAGCUUUUCCCUCUCAACUGGAAGGGAAGUCAAGAAGAAAGCAGGCAAAAUGAGAAAUUUUGAUGAGAUGAGCACAUCACCCCCUCAACGAGGAACAGGAACUGCCUCUGACAAUGUGGAGAUCAGUGACCCCUGUCCUGAGGCCCGGGAGAAGCUGCAAGAGAUGUGUCGUCAUAUAGAAAUCGAAAGGACCACGUGGAAAGGGAGGAAUGUCUUCUACCCCACGAUGUUACGCAACUACGGGGCAAAGAUGCCCACUCAUUCAGGGUCAACCCUGAGCUCCUAUCACCCUCACCUUUCAAGUACUCAGACUCCCACUCCCUCUCUUCACCAAUCUUCCAUCUCCCAUGCUCACUUCAUUCGGCAGUCUCAGGAGUGGAAGGGAGGCAAGAAGAACAACAAGUUGCAUUACACCUUCUAUGAUGGGUCUUCCUUCGUUUACUAUCCCUCCGGAAACAUUGCCAUGUGUCAGAUCCCCACGUGCUGCAGAGGGAGAACCAUCACCUUACUCUUUAAUGACACACCCAACUUCUCCUUCCUGGCCCUGUUCAAUGCUGAAGGCCAGGGCUGCGUUCACUACAACCUAAAGUCCUGCUGCCCAUAUGUCUUGGUCUUGGAUGAGGAAGGCGGGACCACCAACGACUACAAGGGCUAUGCAGUCCACAAGUGGAGCUGGGCUUCUAAGACGGAGACUUUGCUCUCCUUGGAAUAUAAGGUAAACGAGCAAAUGAAACUGACGGUGCUGGCGCAAGACUCCAUCCUAGUCACCUUUACCUCCAUGAAUGAGACAGUAACACUCACUAUAUCAGCCAACAACUGUCCUCAUGGGGUAGGGCACGAUAAAAAGAUGACACACAAGAUCAUCAGCGUGGACGACAAGUUGUCUAAGAUGAGCCGAGCCCUGGCAGAGAUCAAGAAGCGGUUUCAGAAGACAGUGUCUCAGUUCAUGAAUUCUGUCUUACUGGCAGCAGGACUGCUCACCAUAGAAUAUCCAGCCAGGGGCAUGGGAGAAGUAAGUCGAACUAGGAUGAAACCCUGGCCCUUUUCCGAGCGGGUCACCAAGCUAAAUCUAUAUUCAGAAGGCCUUGCAUCACGUUAUCAGUCAGCCCCACCCGAAUCCUCGGCUGUAGAGACUCCGAAGGAAGAGCCUGUGUCUGCUCCAAUAAUCCCCACUCAGAAGAAGAUAAUCAAAAUCCAAGCCAAAGCCCUGGCCACACUCAGGGGGAGGGCCGCAGGGAUGCGCAGCCACACCAGGUGGGCAGCCUCACCCUCUGACUGCCCACUGGUGCUGCGGAAGCUCAUUUGUAAGGAAGACAUCCGCGCUGGCUGCAAGUGCAUAGUGAAGCCACCGCUGGUAUCUGAUGUGGAGCUGGAACGCUUCCUGUCGGCGCCCCGUGACCCCAGCCAGGUGCUGGUGUUCGGAAUAGUGUCAAGCCACAUUCCUACCAGCUCAGGACAGCUCCAUUGGCUGCUCAACACACUCUACUGUCACCGGCAGCAGGGCCGUGCCUCACCCUGCAUCCAGUGCCGGCAUGACCCCUACCGCCUACUGCGGUAUGACCUCGACAGCCCUCUGCAGAAGGACCCGCCCCUGCUGGUGAAGAAGUAUGCUGUGAUGCAGGGGAUGGUUCUGCAGAUGUUCGCUGCGGGGAAGCUCCUUUUUGGGGGCUGCGUUUUGAAUGGAUACGGCUUCAGCAAGCAGAAUCUGCUGAAACAGAUCUUCCAGGCUCGGCACGACUGCAAGAUGGGCUACUUCAUGCCAGAGAACUACAAAUUUAGCGUUUUGCCCUCCUUCCUGGGCCUGGAUGACACUGACUCAGACAAGAGAACAAUGUUGGAAGACGUCCAAGGAAGCGUCUCCUCGUUGACCGUAGGGGACAAGAUGGAGGACUACUUCUCUGAACCUGAGAAGAAGAUGAAACAGCCUGAUGUGGAUCUGCAUCCUCUCAUCCAAGGCAGGACAGACAGUAAGAAGAUGAACGCUUGGAAGAAACUGGCCUCCAAGAAGUGAUACAGGCCCCUUGGCCACCAGAGUGCCAGGCCUGGAUGAGGCUCCUCCCUUGCCCACCCUGCCCUGCCUCCCCUGCCCCCACCCCCUUUCUCUGAGCCUCUAUGUAAUAAACAAGCAUGCCUCCAGCAUCUGGGUGAGGCCACGGGCUAGGCUGGCUCUACAAGGCCAGAGGACCCCAGCAGCCCGGUUCCAGGUCCAGUCCUUGGAAACUGGGGUGCUCUGACCCAGAGCUGUUUCUGUGGCCAAUGAAGCAGCUUGGAUUCUCCCGCUCCCAAGGAAACAAACCCGAUCAGGGGGCCAAGCCAAAUGAGACAUUACCAUGUGAGGUCUGGGAUGGGACUAAACUAUGCCCUCCUCCCCUUCACUGGUUGGGAAUGGCUCAGGUUCUGGCCCAAGUGGACAACAGGGUGUGAGAGAGAAGAGGGAGAGGGGAGACAGGAAGAAAAAAGCAGAGCAGAGGGAGACAAAACUAAGGGAGAGACAGGAGAGAGAUGAUGA